UCUCACCCAAGCAGACCUGGUCGCCAGCUGAUAUCGUUUCAACGGUCUGCAAGGUGUCCUAGAGCGCGCUAAAUUAGUCUUCAAACUGUUUAAAAUUUAAACAAAUACAAAAUCUCGCAUGGUAGUUAAGAUAUUCACCUUUUGAUCUCGAAUUUCAUCACGCCCACGGAGUUUAAACCAUGCAUCGACGCCACUAUUAGAACCAUGAAACUUUGAUAUCAGUAUUCUUCGCUCAGACAGUCCCUUGCUUAGUUCUGGGUUAUAUGAGUGGGAACAGCAUGGCAGGACCUGUCCCUCCCUCCAUGAAUAUUCAAGCUGUUGGCGGCAGCAACACGUUGAAUUCCGUGGUGCCAAACAUGGAUAGCAUCAUACAAGCUCUAGAUAUUAUUCACAACCCAACUUCAACCAACGCCAUCCGUCAACAAGCUUCCGAAUUUCUCGAAUCUCAGAAACAUUCAAAAUCAGCGGUCGACAUCGGCUUCGCUUUGGCGAUGGAGAAAAGCAACUCUCCCGUCCUUCGCCAUUUCGGCCUGUCUUUACUUCAGCCUUUUCUAAGGCAUAGCUACUCACGCUUGUCCAAGGAAGAACAGGAGAAUGCCAAAAGCAAAAUUAUCCUUUUGGCCAUAUCAAUAAGCCCUCAGGAUGAGUCGUUUAUCGGCAACAAAGUGGCGCUACUCUGGGUAGAAGGAGCGAAACGCAGCUGGGGGGCUGGUAAAUGGACAGAUAUGGAUGCCGACUUGAUUCAAAUAUGGAAUAUGUCUUGGGCACAUAAAAAAUUAGUCCUUUCGAUUCUAGAAACGUUAUCCGACGAUAUUUUUAAUCACGAAGAUAAAACUUCCUCAUUCUACGAAAGCCCUCUCCAUCGCGCUCUAGUCGAAAUAGUUCCUCCUUACUCGGUCUUCGAAGAUUUGCAUCCCGGGCGGGAUCACUCCGCUGAACUACGCCAUAGGAGCAGUGGAAGCCCCGGAUGGCUAUUCAUGACAUGCGGCUUUUUAGGCGAAUGCCUAAAUAACAUUCACGACUCGCGCGAAGCCAAAAUAUGCGCUGUACAAGCAUUGGCGACCUUGCGAUCACUGAUGCUAUGGUCGAAUCCCUUAGCAAUAUCCACUUCUAUGUGUGUUCAAAUUAUUCUCAAAGCUUUAACGUGCCAGGACGAUGAUAUUCUUAUGGCUGCAAUCGAUGCUCUCCACGCACUAUAUAGCAGGAAUUGUGAUAUAACGAAGUUCCAAGACCUUGUCAAUUUGGUAUAUCAAACUCAGAAUCUUCAUCUGCUGCAGAAUCUCUAUAACUGGUCGAUUGUCGAUGCACAUGAUAUUUCGGACUCAAAAUACACCAUAUCGAAGAAAUUAUCUGAGCUGAUGUCGUAUAUUGCCGGAUUCCUUGAGGAGAAGAACUUCGAUUUCCAUAAGGAUAUUGACUUGACAACAUUCUUUCCGUUCCUCAUGAAUAUUCUUCAGCAUCCCAGUCUGACUGUCUCGAUACCCAUCCUUCAUUCAUGGUCUAGACUACUUGCGUCGAGCAAAAUCACGAGUUUAGACGUAAUUCAUGGACUUAUUGCACCAAUACUUGAAACAUGCACUCAACGUCUUGUACGCUACGAAACUUUGCCUGAAGAUACCGAUAACCCCACGAUUAUAUUUCUAAACGAGGACAUCGACACCAUACCGGAGAGACAUGCAUUCGUUGGGAAUUACCGGCGAUACUGUGCUCAAACAAUUGAGCUGAUAGUGUAUCGACGUCCACAUGACGCGAUCCCACAUAUACUUGCCCGAGCAGAUUACGUCUUGAGCAACCUACAUAAUGCAACUGGUCCUUUCAAUCCUGCAAUAUUCAAAAAAUACUCCCUCUCAUCGUUGCAAGCGGAUACUCAGUUCACUGUCGUUGAGGCUACUCUAAGAGGCUUCAGCAAAUGGGUGGAUGCACAAGGGGACUCCCCACAACAGGAUGAACAACAACGACUUGGGCUGGAAAGUUCUCUAGAAUCAUGGGCGCUCAAUUUAAUCCAAAAGAAUUUUGAAGAUCCAGUUGUUAAAGAACGAGUCAUAAGACUUUCCGUUGACUUUUGUUACAAGGCCUUGAAGAACAAGCAAAGUUUUGCGCUUAAGGUUCUUGAACACAUUCUCAUGACCAACCUGCCCGAUCGUCCAGAAUAUCCCGCCUACUCUGAAGCUGUGAAGGAACUCCACAACACGGCUACGUACGAAGUACGGCGGCUGACAAUACGCUAUGCCGAUUAUUUUUCCACGUUUUAUGAUGCCCUAGAACCAAAGAUUCGGGAGAUUAUUUCAACGUCUACCACGGGAGAUAGGCCCCAAAUGGAACUUUCUUCAAUCCUUCUCAUCAUAAUGCAACGGGCUCCGCAGGUGGAUCCUGAUAUACGGCAGUCUCGACUACAAUUGUUUGUUGAGCCCAUUAGACAAUCCUGGAGUAGCGAAGAAUUCAAGCAAAUUUCAACGUCCUUCGAGGGAUUUUGUCAAAUUCUUGGCUUGGACCAAAUUUGGCCAUAUCUACAACGCCUACAAGCCCAAAAAGUUGAGGACUGGUCGACAAUACCUCUCGAUGAGGAGGGAAAAAACAUACAAGCCCACAUGACAACGAAAUUCCAGCAACUUCCGCUACGCAUGACGAAGACGAUGCUGUCGGUAUCCACAGAAAAGUUACAAACAACCGACCCGGCAUACUCCAUCGCAUGCGAUUUAUGGCGCGACUCUAUUCCCCUUAUUCUCCCGACAUUGCUCCAACUUCUGAGCCAUGCACAUGCGUUUCACAACCCGGAAAAUUGUCCUGGUCUGCCACCAGAUAUGCGCCCACUUGUGGGGCGGAUCCUCACGGACCGGUUUUGGCAGGCAGGUAUCUCUAGCGGCAGUAGAGAAGAUUUCUAUGCCCGCAUAACUACCUCUAAAGCCACUCUGGAGGGAUUUUCCUCCUCUGUUCGAGGGAAAGUCCGCGCUGUACGGGAAGCCUGUUAUUCCAUUCUUUACAGCAUGAGCAGACUCCAUGAACACUUCUACUCCUUUGCAGAGCUCCCAGUUCCCCUAUCCCAGGCAUUAUUUAAGGAUGCGACAUCACUUUCCUCCCAUCAGUUGUCUGUAUUACUCAAUAUUUCCCGCUGUCUGGUUGACGACUGCCCUGCAAGAUAUCGACCCCAUUUCUUGCCUCCGAUGUUAUCUGCUCUAUUCAUUCAAUUUGACAAAAAGAUCACCGCGGAAUGGGACAUAAUAGAGCAUCGAAAGGCUGGGAUGGUGGAGUCUGAUCUAACGGUGGAAAUGAAAGAUGAAAGCAUCCUCCGCCAAUUAACUUACUCAGUUGUCAUCAUGGUCGCCAGUCUUCUUGACCCGCAACGGGGAGAUCCCGAAAAGGCUUCCGGGCCGAGUAAACAGAAUGGCACUGCUAACCAACCAAGCCCGGGCGACUCCAUUCGCCAGUUCGUUCUUUCAUCCCCCCAAAUUCUCGAACCAGUAAUUCUCUUCUGCACACACGCGAUUCGCAUGAAAGAUACCCGUUGUUGCUCCAUCGUAACCCGUGUCAUCCGAUCUAUUCUGGACGCAUUCAUCCUCGAAGUCGAUAACCCCACUGCGAAAAGUAUCCGCGAGUUCAUCAGCACAGAUAUCCUAAAAGCAUGUAUCACGUCCGUCCACGAGCCCUAUUUCGUCGACAUGCAAAAGGAGCUGGCGCAACUUAUCGCUUCCAUUUGGAUAGCGUAUGGCCCCACCAGCGAUACACCUACUAAGAUCAUAGAAAGCCUGCCAGAUAUGCCGAAGAGCAAAGUUGCGGCUACAUAUGCCGCGCUCAGAGAGUCUAGGUCCGGCCGCCAACAAAGAGCUCUAGUUCUUGACUUAUUAGAGGGUUUACGGGGCGUGAGCAUUAGCGAGCAGGGGCGCAUUGCUGGUCCCCCACCAGCGCGGAGGAAACCCAAAUCCGCGCUCCAGGAACGCUAUACGACGGAAAUGGAUGUGCAGGAAGGAGGGAAAGUUGAUAUCAACAGUGGACCAGAUCUUACAGGAGUGGCGGAUAUGUUUUCCUUAUGAUUUUGGCAGAAUGUGGCACCUGUUUCAAAAACGCUCUCUCUACAGAAGGGAGAUAUCGCUGGUGCUUACUGAAACUGAUUCAUACCGCUUUGAUUUUACCGUUUUAUACCUCUAUAUCCUCAAGCGUCUAUUCCUUUUUUUUCCCCAUCUGAUUUGAGAAGUAUAUAGAAAGAUCGAAGAACGCUCUCUAACAUGGAUUAUUAACUUUGUAUAGAGAAGAUAAAGGGGGAAUAUGGUCAUAAACCAUCGUUGAAUUUUUUUUGUCAUAUUUCCCAUUCUUUCUAACAUCUCCGAAAUCCAGCCCACGCCCCGUGUAUAUCAUCAUAAGUGCAAGCUAAAAGAGAGCGGCAAAGACGGAAAAAAAAAAAAAAAAAAAAAUGGAACCCCAAUUCAAAAAAUCCCAAAUAAAACAUUUCCUUCACAGCACGUAUAACAUUUUUCCCUUUCCCGUCCCUACCAAAAAAAGAGCCCAAAAGGAGAAACUUCAUUUGAAAAAAAUGGAACCCAGAGCCUCACCCUCCAGUAAUCCCUCAUUUCCUCUUCGGAAACUUUUCCUUCCCAAUAUCACGCCCAGUGAGCUUGAUAUUAAGCACGUUCUCGAUCCGCGGUAGGAUCUUUUUAUCCGCGCCCUUCUUGUUCUGUUCCAGGUCAGCUAUGAUGGCCGGUGUUGUGUUGCAUUUGGCAGCGAGCUCCCUCUGUGUCAUUUUGAAGCCCUCUUCGUUGCGGCGGCGCAUGAUGGCCUUCCCGACCUCUUCGCCGACGGAUUGCAGGGGGAUAAUGUCAUCGCUUCGGUCGACUUUGGUGAGAUGUUGUCCUUCUACGCGGGGUUUGGAUGCCUGUUUUGCGGACGGGGAGGGUUAGUUUUCGAUGUUUUAUCAUCACCAAACAGGAAGGCAUGAAAAGUCAUAAAAAAAAAACGGCUAGAGGACGAAGAAGAAAAAAUCACGUACGGCAUUCCCAGUAGCAUAUUUCUUCUCUGUCCCGAUGAUGGCACCGGAUCGGGCUGCCGCGUUCAACGCAGACCGCCCUCUGACAACUGUCUCCCGGACACCGCCGCCUCCACCGCGGGCUCUGCUUCCAAUACGGGUGACGGAGUCCCAAUCUUCAGACAUAUUAUAUUGUAGAUGGAGGUUUGUAAUGUGAGAAGAGAAGUUGCGCUUGUCUGAGGAUAAGCAAUCGGUUAGUUGCCUGUCGGCGGUGAAUGACAAGCUGGCGGGAGUGUAUACGAACAGCAGCUAGUUAUCGAUUUAAAAGAAAAAAAAAAAAAAAAGGAUUCCGUAAACAGAAAUAGCAACGAGUGGAAGCUACUAAAGGGAUGGAGUUUCGCUAUGGCAGAAACAGGAGAGAGGGUAUACAAGGCGAAAAGGAUGGAGUUGGACAGACAAACAAAGACGCAGGUUGAAGGUUGAUAUUGAUAUUGAUCUUUGGAAUGGGGAUGGCAAAAGAAGCCUCGAGAAG